AUGGACGCCCUCAAAUCAGCCAUCACCCCCAUCACGCAUAACCUCCCCGCGCCCAUCCGCGAUCUGGGUGUUUCCAUCAUUGGAGAGACUUGCUACAACUCCCUCCUCCUCGACGUCAACAUCGAGGAUGCCGACUGCAUCAAGCUCGCUGUCUCAAAGGCCCUAGGAAUCGGCAUCAUCGCUGCCUCCUCCAUCGUCAAGGUGCCACAGAUCCUCAAGCUCCUCAACUCCAAGUCCUCCGAGGGUGUUUCAUUCCUCUCUUACCUCCUCGAGACUGCGUCAUACCUCAUCUCGCUCGCCUACAACAUCCGAAAUGGCUUCCCUUUCAGCACCUUUGGCGAGACAGCCUUGAUCGUGGGACAGAACGUUAUCAUCUCGGUCCUGGUUCUCAACUACAGCGGCCGCGCUAGUCUGGCUGCUGUCUUCGUCGCUGCUCUUGCUGCUACUGCGGCUACUCUGUUCGCCGAGAACAUUGUUGAUGCGCAGACCCUGAGCUACCUCCAGGCUGGUGCUGGUGUUUUGAGCGUCGCUAGCAAGCUGCCUCAGAUCCUCACCAUUUUCCAGCAGGGUGGCACUGGUCAGCUCAGUGCUUUUGCUGUUUUCAACUACCUCGCCGGCUCUCUGUCGCGAAUUUUCACAACCCUCCAGGAGGUCGACGACAAGCUCAUACUCUACGGAUUCAUCUCCGGAUUCGCCCUCAACGCUAUCCUUGCUCUCCAGAUGAUCUUCUACUGGAACGCCCCCUCUGAGAAGGCCAAGGGUAAGCGCAGGGCCGCUCCCAUCGAGGCCAAGUCUGCUCCUACCAGCACUCUGACCCCUGCCGCUUCCACCACUUCUACUCCCAAGAAGAGCCCUACCACUCGCCGACGUGGUUAG